AUGGCCACGAAUGCUUCAGCUGGACGUGGGUGCGCUUCACAAACCAACGGUGCCCGCCCGAGCGGCACCAGCACCAACGCAGCAUCAGCACAGGCAACUGCCGCCGAUCUGAGGACAGCGUCACGCUCGGUAAACACAUCGCUGGCCACGGCCACGGCCUUGAAUCAGCCGUCCACCGCAAGCACCGCCUCGGUCAGCAGCAGUACCCGGGGAACAGUUUGGCCCGCAGGCACGGCCCCGAGCCUGAACGCAGGCACAGCAGCGAUUCGGACGACAUUUGCCACAGCCAAAACUGGCUAUUGCGGUGCCGCUCCAGUCGCCACUCAACAUGCCCCUGUUCCCUUGGAAUACAUGCCAGAGCCGGGUGAAUUUGCUCCCCGGCCCGUGUCUUUUGAGCCUGUGACCUUGGAACUCGCAUCAUGGGUGCAGGAUGAGCACCCACUCUUCAAGGACUUGAUCUGCUCUGUCUGCCUUGAUUUCGAUGGGCAGCUCAGCGUUUGCUCCCAUCAAGGCCAGCACAUCGUCUGCAACAAGUGCCAGACCAAGAGCCAGUUUCGUCAGUGUCCAGUCUGUCGUUGCCGCUUCCAGGAUCACAAAGACAACGCUGCUCAACGCAUUCUGGCUACAUAUCAAGUGAGCGUUGUAACACGAUGUGUGGCACGAUGGAAGGACACUUCCUUCCCUCUUGCUGGCAACCACCCUGCACAAUGGCCAACCCUUGCCGCCCCACCCGCGCUCGAUCUUUGCUCACACCUCGCAUGCGUUUGCCAGGUCGAAUGCCCGUGGACCAAGAACGGCUGUACAUUCAAAGGCCCGUUUGCGGAUCUGCAGCUGCAUGUACAAGGGUGUUUCGCGCAGUCGCAACGAUGCCGCCGAUGUAAAGAGGACGUUCAGCCCUUGGAUCUUCACGUCCAUGCCCGGGCGUGCGGGCGCAACGUUUACGUAUGCACCAAAAAGCACUGCGGUGCCGAGCUCAUCCCAGGAGCUGACGCCGUUUCACACAACUGCCUUGCCCACUACAAGAUGGUUGCCAAGGACUUUUUACAAGCGGGGGUGGACAGUGUUGCCAAAUCACUUCGCCAAGCAUUUGAGACUCGCAUUCAAAAAUUGCAAUCCGAGAACGAGGCGCUUCGCCGGGACUUGAAGACCGUGAAAGACCGGUUGAACUUUCAGAACAAAGUAUUACGCGACCAGACACCCUCAAUGAUGGCCAUGAUGCCUCAACCCAAGUUGGAAACCGCCUUCACCUUUGGAGAUACAUCGUUGCUACCAGCAGCACGGCAACAACUCUCUACCCUCAGCUUGCAGCAACCCAAGAGGUCUUUUCCUUCUGCUAGACAACACUCAAAGUAGCGCGGAGAACACGCCAGCAAAACCACUAAUCGAAAACAUCCGAAUGUA